AUGUCGUUCACACCAAGCACCCAUCAAGAGGUAAAAUUUGGCAUGUGUUUGUCUACACUUGAGCAUGUUGAAGAUGAAAUAAAUCCAUAUAUGAGUACUCAUGACUUGAAAUUUCAUUCCAUACAUACAUUCAGAUGGAAUCAUCUUGGACCCAAAGGCAAAACAAAGAAUUUGAAAAAGCCCUGGCUAAAUAUGAUAGAGAAACCCCAGAUAGGUGGCAGAAUAUUGCCAACGAGGUGGGAAAAUCGGUGGAGGAGGUUAAAAGGCAAUUUGAGAUCCUCAAAGAAGAUGUCCGACGCAUUGAACGUGGUCAAGUGCCAUUCCCCUACAGAACAAACAAUUCUAACAGUAAUUAAGGCAUUGGAAUCCAACAACACAGAAGGGAAUUUGGAAGCGAUGGGGUGGUAUUAUGGUGGUGGGGGGAGAAGUGGAGCACCGUAUCUGAAGAAAGGAACGGGACGGGUCACUUUAUCUCCAGUGUCCUUUUGGGAGAUAUAUUCCUCCACCAGGUUCAAACCCCCACACACCACCACCACCUUUUCUCCUACUUAUAAGGAGCUACGUUGGUCACCUCUUUCCCAUGCCUCCUCUUCAUUCCCUUCACCAAAACAUUGUAUAAUCGUUCUUUUCUUACCCUUCUGCCCUCCCUCACUGCCUCUUAAUUUGCUUAGUGAAUACAAAACUAAGGUUACCCACCCAAUGGCAUCGUCUUGGACUCAUAGGCAGAACAAAUUGUUUGAACAAGCCCUGGCUUUAUAUGACAGGGAAACCCCUGACAGAUGGCAGAAUGUUGCCAAUGUGGUGGGAAGAUCAGUAGAGGAGGUCAAAAGGCACUACGAGAUCCUCAAAGAAGAUGUCAAACGCAUUGAACAUGGCCAAGUACCCUUUCCUCGUUACAAAACCAACAGCAGCAGCAACUAA